UUCUCUUGAGAAAGAAAGCAUAAUUCUCAAAGAAAAAAAAAAGAUUCAACCAAGAGCUCCAACAAGUAGAUACAAUGAGAUUUUUUAGUUAAAAAUCUACAGAUAUUUUUCACCUUGAAGUAACAAAUGAUGGCUAGAAACCCUAAUUCGUGGAGCAUGAAUAAUGGCAUGCAUCCACAAUCUCAAUUUGUUUAUGCUUCCAAUUCUUCAAAUCCAUCUUCAACCACUGCUUCUGCUGAUCCACUUCAUCCAUCUCAAGAAUUCCCAGUUAGAUCUUGGAGCCAAUUGCUUCUGGGUGGAUUGGGAGGUGGAGAGGAGGAGAGAUUUGGAGGAGCCCUCUUCAAUCAGCAAAAGAAGAUGGAGAAUUGGGAUGAUCAAGUGAUGAAUUUGAAUCCAAGUUAUCAAAGUGUUGAUGUGAAGCAAGAAUCAGCUCAAUCUUCAAGCUGCCAAAUUUAUGAUGACGAAGUCCAAAAAAAUUCAUGGCCCCACCACCAUCAAGUCAUGCCUAUCUCCUCUCCAACUUCAUGCGUCACAUCUCUCAGCAACAACAUCUUCAACUUCUCCGCCGCAGCGGCGGCGCCGGAGGGGAAGAGCCACCUCCAUAGCCAAGACCUUUCAUCCGAGUGCAACAGCACUAUUACUGGUGGGGCAUCUAAGAAGGCAAGGGUUAAUCAACAUUCUUCAGCCCAACCAGCUCUCAAGGUGAGAAAGGAGAAAUUGGGAGAUAGAAUAACAGCACUUCACCAACUUGUUUCCCCUUUUGGCAAGACUGACACUGCUUCUGUUCUGUCAGAAGCAAUUGGCUACAUUAGAUUCCUUCAAGGCCAGAUCGAGGCACUAAGCUCGCCCUACAUGCGCAAUGCAUCAGUAGGUACAAGUCAUCAUCCUCAACAUUCUGUUCAAGAAAGGAAUUGUUUAUUUUCCGAAGAGGACUCACAAAGUGAAGGGGCUCAAAAGGACUUGAGAAGUAGAGGAUUGUGUUUGGUUCCCAUAUCUUGCACUCAAAAUGUGGGAAAUGAGACCGGCGCCGACUACUGGGCUCCGGCGGCUUUAGGUGGAGGGUUUUAGAACCAAAUGAAAUUCUUGGGGAUGUAACAUCAGAAGCAGUCAUUCUGUGGAAAACAUGAGGGAUUGACUGCGUCUGAUGCUACUGAUUUGCAGUUUUAUAAUAUAGGGGGAUCAAGAAUUCAACCAAGGGGUUUGGAGAGGCUUUAUUGUAAUUCAUGAAGCUUAAUAAUGUCUGAUUUUAUGCCAUGUUUAUGCAUGCAUAUAUUCAAGAACUUUGCUUUCUUA